CCCUCCGUUCCUCUUCGUCGUCCGGUCGCUGAUCCGCACGUACGUCGCCGGCGCGCGGUUGGGGUAGAUGUUAUGUGACCGAGUCCGGGAGGAGAAUUUCAAUGGAGUCGGUCUACUUGGGCGUGAAGAGGAAGAACGUCGUCGUGGGCGGCGGCGUCGACGGCCGCCGGGAGCUGCCGCCGUUGGUGCCUCCGUCGGCGGUGGCGGCGGCGGGGCUGGGGUAUGGCGGGAUGACGAAGGAGGGGGCGUAUCAAGAGCGGAGGGCGGUGGUGGCCGGCGAGAUGGACUUCUUCAAGACGGCCGAGAAGCGAGGGGAGAGGAAAGAGCCGCCGCCGCUGGCGCCGGCGGCAGGACACGCCGGGGCUUCGCCGGACGAUCUCAACCUCAACCAGGACGACCUCACAAUCAAUAUGGGAUUGCAUAUUGGGCGGAGGAGGAACAGCGGCAGCGAGGAAUCCACCGUCGACGACGGCGCAUACUCCGACGAGGAUUACCGGGAAGCCAAAGCUACGCUUGCAAUUACCAAAUCUGAGCUUGGACGAGUCAGCGACGAGAAUAAGCAGCUCAAGAACAUGCUGAACAACAUGAAUACAAAGUACAACUCCCUCAAAAUGCAGUUCGCAUUAAUGCAACAAAGGAUUAACCAAAAAUCCAGCCUCGUCCCUCCAAUCCACCACGAGCAGCUUGUUGAUCCGGAGAAGGAGCAAGAGGGGAGCCAACAGCAGCAGCAGCAAAUACCAAGGCAGUUCAUCAGCCUCGGCUCCGCGGUGCUACAAGGCGACGUCGAGGCGCCCCACUCGGUCGGCGCCGGCAACCCCGACGCGGCGGUGCCGCCGGCGAUGAUGCCGUUGCCGCAUUUCGACCACCACCACCACCACCCCAUCCACGGGAGGGAGAGGGGUGGCAGCCCGGUGGAGGCCGACCACCACCACCGUCACCAUCAGCAGGAGCAGCAGCCGCAGCAGUUGCCGCCGCAGAGCUGGCUUCCCGCCGACAGGGCGCCCAAAUUCCUCCCCGGCAAGGGCCCUGAGCCCGUCGCGGAGGCCGCCACCAUGCGCAAGGCACGCGUCUCCGUCCGAGCUCGCUCCGAGGCUCCCAUGAUCAGCGAUGGAUGCCAGUGGAGGAAGUACGGACAGAAGAUGGCCAAGGGGAACCCUUGCCCCCGCGCGUAUUACCGGUGCACCAUGGCCGCCGGCUGCCCGGUGCGCAAGCAGGUUCAGAGAUGCGCCGAGGACAGGACGGUGCUGAUUACGACGUACGAGGGGCACCACAACCACCCGCUGCCGCCGGCGGCGAUGGCGAUGGCGUCGACCACGGCGGCGGCGGCGUCCAUGCUGCUGUCCGGCACCAUGCCGAGCGCGGACGGCAGCCUCAUGGCGGGGUCCAACUUCCUGGCGCGCGCCGUGCUGCCGUGCUCGUCGACCGUCGCGACCAUCUCGGCGUCGGCGCCGUUCCCGACCGUCACGCUCGACCUCACGCAGCAGGCCUCGCCGUCGUCGUCCACGCAGCCGCCGCGCCCGGAGCCCGCGCAGCUCCAGGCGGCGCUCGCGGAGGCCGCGCGGCCGGUGGCGCUGCCCCAGCUGUUCGGGCAGAAGCUCUACGACCAGUCCAAGCUCUCCGCCGUGCAGGCGGUGGCCGGAACCAAGGGGUCCGACGGCGGUGCGCUUGCCGACACCGUGAACGCCGCGACGGCCGCGAUCGCGUCGGACCCCAACUUCACCGCGGUGCUCGCCGCGGCGCUAACGUCGUACAUAGGCAGUAGCAGCGGCAGCGGCGGUGGCGGCGCCGGCGGGAGCAGCGGCACGGUGCAGCUGCCGUCGAGCGGCGGCGGCGAUAGCUGUAGUAGAGACGACAAGGUAGGAGAGCAAAACAGCUAAACUUUUUUGGCUAGCUGCAGUUUUUGUUUGCUUGCUUCAAGUUUCGUUUGGUUUGCUCGUAGUUUAGUUUGAUCAAUUUUGUUUUGAGUUUUAGAUUAGUUUGAUCAAUUUUGUUUUGAGUUUUAGAUUAGUUUGAUUCGGUUUUGAAUUGUGCAGCCACACCAAGGCUGGGCUGAGAAAUUUUGGUCUGUUCAAUUGUUUUUUGGUGAAUUUUAAUUAUGGAAUCAAUUUGGAGUAA